AGAAUCUUCCAACAGCUGCCCCUGAUACUCUUGGUCCACAAUGAGCCGCAAUGUGGCAGUGACAGAUGGCGACAGCUCGCUUUUACCUCAUGAGGAUCGAAGCACAGUUCUCAAGGAAAUUGUUGCGAUCACGAAGCUGGCAAUCCCCAUGUUCAUGGCUAUGGUUUCUUGGGUUGCACUGAAGGUAACUGAUACGGCAGUCCUUGGACACGUCGGCAAAGAAACGAUGGGGCACGUUGGCACGAGGUAUUUGGAUGCUACUGCGCUCAGUGACCUGUGGACCUCGUCCACGGGUGUUUUCAUCCAGUCAAGGGUUGUCGGCACGUUUUGUGGGCAAGCCUUUGGCGCUGGCAACAAACAGCUCGUUGGUAUUUGGCUUCAGGUCUCCUACGUGGUUUUGGGCUGUGUGAUGGUGCCAGUGGCGAUUUGCUGGUGCCUCACCGCACCAGUCUUGCGAGCUGCUCACAAGACGCCGCAGGAAGUUUCUGAUGCAAGCUACUACGCCAUUGUCCUGGCAAUUUGUUUGCCAGUUCGAAUCGGUUUUUCGCAGCUGAGCAGCUUUUUCUCGGCGCAGAAGAUUAUGCGCCCUGCUGUAGUUUGUUCUUCCUCCGCAAUGCUCCUGAACCUGGUGGGGACUCUCAUUUUGGUGUUAGGUAUUGGAAUACCGCACUGGUCCGGCUUGGGCUUUCCAGCGUGCCCUUGGGCCACCACAUGCGUGGAGUUCACGCAGCUCUUCAUACUGUGGUUCAUCUUCUGCUACAUCUUGGGCCUUCACAAAGAAUGUUGGCCCGGAUGGUCCUGGGACCACAUCACCAGAGACAGAUUGGUCAAGUUCUGGAAGAUGUACUUUCCAGCAGCUUUGUCCAUUGGCUCUGACUUUUGGCGUGUUGCUGUCAUUGGUGCCAUUGCGUCCAGCAUUGGUCAAGAUGAAUUGGCAGUUUUUAACGCCAGCUACUGCAUUUGCUGGAUGGCUUUGACCUUCUUGGGAGCUCUGGCUGGUGGCGUUGGUAUACAACUGAAUGUUGCUCUUGGCAAGGGAAGUACAGCUGAUGCGAAGCGAGCUGCAUGGGUUGGAACUGGAAUGGCUAUUGCUGUUCUGGCUGCGCUGGCAGUUCUGAUCCUGUGCAUUCCGAGAACUCUCGCGCAAAUCUUUUCGAAUGAUCCUGCGGUGCUUGAUCUUUUCCAAGCUUGUAGACUUCCAUUCGCUGCUUUCGUGGUGCUCAUGAACCUUUCCGUCAACAUUGAGAAGAUCCCAAUGGCUGCCGGUCGGGUGAAUUCUGUCUUCUAUGCAGGGCUCGUUGGAUCUUGGUUGGGACAAGUACCAGGUGUCAUCCUUUGUACGACUUUCUGGCGUAAGGAUCUAUAUGGGCUCUACACUGGGGUUGCAGCUGGAUACGGUCUUCUUGUGCUCCUUUAUGCAGGCAUCGUCUUGUGUCUGGACUGGGACAAGGUGGUGGAAGAAGCUCAACACCGCUCCGAAAGGGCAAAGCCGAAUCACAACGUCAGCUUGCAGCCAACAAAUGCAGAGAAUCCACCUGCUGAGAAUACUGAAGAUACAUAAACAUAUUAAAUUAUAAAA